GGCCUCCAGCAGCACGUGACGGAGGGGUGGAUCACGUGUCAACGGAAGAAGGUGCUUUUGUUUUUCCUUGGGAAAAAAAAGUCGAGGAACAAUGUUUGGAAAGCCGAUUUUCGCGUCUACUUUAUUUUUCUCUCAAAUGCAUACGAACAGUCUCACAUAGGGCAUGAAGUCUCUCGGAAUGCCUCAAUCACGUUUCCGCGUCUUGAAGCUUGUUUGACGCUCCGUUCGGGAAUUCUUAAAGGUGCAGAGAUUGCAAGGCGGAAGAAGGCAAUUUCGAAGGGAAGAGCUAAGAGAGCCAAGAAAUGGGCCCGGGUUGAUUUCACCAGAGCGCUGCGAUGUUUUUCCAGUUUAGUUCGGAGUUAUAUAAAAUCAUAUUUCUAUUCUAAAACGCAGAUUAGUCUCCGUGUCUCCUUAAUGUCAUAAUCUGGACUGAUCGUUUGCGAUCAAGAAGCUCAAAAUGGCGGAGGGCUGUCCCAUCCCCCAGGCCCUGUUCCUGCUUCUAGUGAGCGUCGUGGGUCUGGACGCUUGCCCUUCUCCCUGUACGUGUUCUGGUGGUCCAGGUGCAGCGCAAUUGCUGGAUUGCAACAGGAAAAGACUGGGUGCUACAGCUCUGGAAACUCCAGCCUGGAUCACCCAUGCGUCAAUGAAUCAGAAUGAACUUACAGCGGUGCCUUUUCUUGGAGAUGCCUCAUCCAACAUAACAGUUCUGUCACUCGUUCAUAACCGAAUCUCUGAAGUCGCGGCAGAGCAGCUUUUGCCAUACUCUUCUCUAGAAAGUCUGGACCUGAGCUCUAAUUCUAUAUGUGAGCUUAAGUCCGGAUCAUUCCCUCCCAUGCAGCUGAAAUACCUCAACCUGAGCAAAAACAAGAUAAGCUCCUUGGAACCCGGUUGUUUUGGAAACAUCAGCUCUCUUCUGGUGUUGAAGAUAAACCAGAACAGACUCUCUCUGCUGCCUGAUAAAGUCUUCACCCUCUUUCAGCUCCAAGUCUUAGAGUUGAGGCGCAACAGGAUUCGUGUCGUUGAAAGUCUAAUAUUCAAAGAACUAAAGGCUCUUAAGUCGUUGAAGAUGCAGCGCAACGGCAUCACGAAGCUGAUGGAUGGAGCUCUCUUCGGUUUGGAAAACAUGGAGGAGCUAGAGUUGGAGUAUAAUAAUCUGACGGAGCUGAAUAAGGGCUGGCUGUAUGGCCUGCACAUGCUCAGGAUUCUGCGAGUGAAUCAGAACAACAUCGGACUCAUUCGAGCUGAUGCCUGGGAGUUUUGCCAUCGACUGGAAGAGCUGGAUUUGUCUUUCAAUCACUUGAGUCGUCUGGAGGAUUGGGUGUUCUCUGGUCUCAGUCUCCUGCAGAGUCUCAACUUGGGUGACAAUCAAAUCACACACCUGGGAGAAGGAGUGUUCAGCGGGCUAUCUAACGUCCGUACACUGGACAUCCGUAAUAAUGAGAUAUCCCUCGCCAUCGAGGACUUGGUUGGCAUGUUUGUGGGUUUGAAGAGGCUGAACUCGCUAGGUUUACAGAAUAAUAAAAUCAGGACCAUCACUAAGAGAGCGUUUGAGGGUCUAAUGGAGCUGGAGCAUUUGGACCUGAGCAGGAAUGGCAUCAUGUCUAUUCAUCCUGAUGCUUUUACUCAUUUAAAACUCAAAAAACUUGAUCUGAACACCAGCAGUCUUCUAUGUGACUGUCAGCUCCAGUGGUUGGGCCAGUGGUUGAUUGACAGUCAGUUCCAGCAAUCCUGCAGUGCCGUCUGUGCUCAUCCCGCUUUCCUGGCAGGAUCUAGCGUGCUCGAGAUUAAACCAGAGGAAUUUGUCUGCAAUGACUUCCCUAAACCUCAGAUCAGUGCUCAUCCCAAGACCGCUGUGGCCUUGCGGGGGACCAACGUCACUCUGAACUGCUCUGCAUUCAGCAGCAGCGAUUCUCCCAUGAGCACCGCCUGGCGCAAAGACGGAGAAGUGCUGUAUGAAGCCCAGGUGCAGAACUACGCUCGCUACCAGGAUCACCGCCUCCUCUACACCACCGUACUCCACCUGCUCAAUGUUAAUUUCACUGAUGAGGGCCAGUACCAGUGUGUGGUCUCCAACCAUUUUGGGUCCAACUACUCCACCCUGGCCAAGCUGACUGUUAAUGAGCUCCCCACCUUCCUGAAGACGCCCAUGGACCUGACCAUCCGCACCGGCACGGUCGCUAGAUUGGAGUGCGCUGCUGAGGGACACCCGACACCACAGAUCGCCUGGCAGAAAGACGGCGGUAUCAAUUUCCCUGCGGCCCGUGAAAGAAGGAUGCAUGUCAUGCCAGACGAUGACACUUUUUUCAUUGCUAAUGUAAAGACGGAGGAUAUGGGCGUCUAUAGCUGUACAGCCAAAAACGAGGCGGGCAGUCUGUCAGCUAAUGCCACUCUUACUGUUCUAGAAACCCCAUCAUUCCAGCGCCCUCUAGAGGACCGUAACGUUGCCCGAGGCGAGACUGCUGUCCUCCAGUGCAUAGCUCGUGGUAGCCCCGCCCCCCGCCUCAACUGGACCAAAGACGACGCCCCAUUGGUGUUGACGGAACGCCAUUUCUUCGCUGCAGCCAAUCAGCUGCUCAUAAUCGUAGAUGCCAGCCCUGCUGAUGCUGGGAAAUACACGUGCAUCAUGUCCAAUACGCUCGGCACAGAGCGCGGUCAUAUCUACCUCAGCGUAUCGCCCUCGGCCAACUGUGACCCGGUGACCAGCAUAUACAGUCAGGACGGAUGGACAACAGUUGGCAUCGUUGUGAUGGUAGUUGUCUGCUGCGUUGUCGGCACCUCGCUUGUGUGGGUCAUCGUCAUUUAUCACAUGAGGAGAAAGAGUGAAGACUACAGUAUAACAAAUACAGAUGAAAUGAACCUUCCAGCGGACAUUCCCAGUUACCUCUCAUCUCAGGGUACUCUGUCCGAGCCUCAGGAAGGCUACAGUAACUCAGAGAAUGGAAGCCACCAGCAACUUAUGCCGUCUCAUGCUAACGGUUACGUUCACAAAGGCACUGAUGGAGUAUGUUACGGUGAAGUGAGCAGCGAUGUUGAUCCAGAUGCCAGUGGAAUGCUGGGUAGUCGUGUGGGCUCUUUCUUUGCUGGACGUAGCAGCUUCCACCGGAGCGAACCCAGAGAGGGACAAGCAAAUAUCCCUAAUGGUGGACCAGGCCCUCUAGUCAUCUGCUCAGACUGCUACGACAAUGCCAAUAUCUACUCGCGAACCCGUGAGUACUGUCCAUACGCCUACCUGACAGAGGACGACCCACUUGUGUCUCAGAUCUCUCGGGACGGACACCAGAGCUGCCAUCAAGAGCGGGAUCAGCACGCCGAGCAAGCAGACGCGGCACUGGAGAGUUUUAUAAGUCAGCAGAAUGCCUCCGUAUUCCUCACCAACCAUGAACCACGACUACCAGCGACGCAACACUAUAGUACUGAUGUCCCAGGCAGGUCAUUUUGGGAUGAGGAAGAGACCCACUCAUCCAUCCAUGCCCAGGGCUCAGUGACUGUACACAAGCCCCCAAUGGGUCUCUCCUCUGGGGAAGGCAGAGAGGAGAGGAGUGGGCCACUGGAGGAAGGCUCAUACAGGACUAACCCACAGGAAAGCUCCUCAGCGCCCACAUAAACCCAACCUGCCCCGUCUUCCCCAGUCCUUUUGACCCCAAACAUCACCACCCUGUCCUUCAGUCGCCUCCCAGUGCCCUCGGCCCACUACCUCCUUUGAGAAGCCUCAUUAUCUGCCAAAUGAAACGCCUCUCUCUUCAAUGUUUACACUGCUUCUCCUGUCCCUCCCCACCAUGUUCCUUUGUGACCCACUGGGAUUUGCCGAAAACUCUUUCAGACAGGAGACAGAUUCCCCCGCUUUCACCAUUCCUCAGCUAACCGGUCUGGUUUGAGCCCUGAAUGUAACAUUUCCAAGAGCUCCACUAGUCCUACCGCAUCCUGUGGCGUACAAAUUAUGCAAUGUUUGUUUGUUUUUCCCGCCUACUCAAGAGCAUUGAGCCUUUUUGCAUAUGCCAAAGCUUGACCGAAACUCCCGCAUAACUUGCUUUUGCUGUGGUACAGGACCUGUACGAAUACUGACUGUGAAGAUUGGACUGCCAAAAGAGGGCAGUGGUGUUCUCUGCGUGACGUCAGAGGCCCAAUUACCUGUAUUGCAUUUCUCAUUGCUAUUGGCAAACGGUACAGACUGAUGACAAAUAAUGUGUUAAUAGAGUUGAUGGCUCUGUUGUUUCCACUGUUAUUAUACGCCAGAGUUACUGUUAUGUCUUUAAUCUUAUUUUUUUAUUUUUUUGUGUAGUGCUUCUCACAAACCUAAACCUAUUUCUCAAUUUCGCUCUUUUCGUCUAUAAAAGACAGCAAGAAAGACCGGAUAUGUUGCACCUUUGACAAUCUUCCCAGGACAGCCUUAUACGAAUCCUAAUAUGCUAACUUUUCUUUUACCCUUAUCUUUCCAUGUUAAGCUUUCGUAUUAGUAUUUUGUGUAUUUUGCGACAAUUUCCAUUUGUAUUGGUUUUUCCUCAUUUGCAAGCGCACAUCGGACCGGCUAUAUCCCGACUGACCAGUAGAAGACCGAUUGAGCGUUUUAGAGAAUUUCUUGCAAUUCCAUUUGUUCCCCUGCUAGUGUAAAAAUCCCACAAUUCACUUUUUUUUAAAUGUGUAUAUGCUGCAUUUGGUUUCGUUUGUUACUGCUGGAUCAAACUGGUCUCGUCGAGUUAUUUGCCUACAUCUUAAUCUGAGGUGUGAAAACCAUUUUGACAUGCCUAGUCAUUUUUAUCAUUUUGACCUUUUGAUCAUUUGGCUGGAUUUUAAAUGUUACCUGUAAACAUUAUCUUAAGAGGCUGUGUCCAAAAUCAAAGGAAGCUGCCUUACAGUCCUGCUGCCCUGGCGCCUUUUAAGGACACGCGUUUUAGACAGACUUUAACAUUUGAUGAUCUGAAGCAAGGUCGCAUUUAAUAGCUACAGUUGUCAUUUCUCAGUAGAAAUUGGGCAAAAAUACACGAAAUGCACAUUAAUGUAAUACAUUAAUCGCAUGCACAGGAUUGCUAGUUGACAGGUUUUGGACACAGCCGCUACUUUGCUAUCAAGGUGCCGUCACAUUUACAUUCAUGUGGUGAAAUGCAGUCGUGUCUAUAGAAUUUGCCUGUGCAGAUUUAGCAUAGGAUUGAAGUUCGUUACACUUUAAACACAAAUCGCAGUCUUUACCAGUAUAAAGCUGUGGUCACAUGCUGCUCUGCCAAACUUUGCAGGUGAAAUUCAGAGUUCUGUUUAGCUUAGAAGAGACUUUCGAGUAAUGGACCUUCUUUGCCCACAAAUCUUCGCCUUAAGAUUCAGACUCGCUUCAUUGCUCGACAUUUUGUGUCGAUCCUGGAUCAAAUCUGAACCGUUUAUUUUUGUUCAGAAAGCUCCAAACAUUUUGCACUUUCAGCACACGAAAGCCGUGUAUCUCGCAGAUAUCUGCGGUCACCGUCUUCCCCCGUCCCCCGUCUUUUAUUGGAAAUGCUUUUGUUUUUAAUCACCUUCCAACUGUGAUAACUACCCCUUGAUUUGCAUAUUGAUUUGUUGCAUUUUGCACAAUCUCUCGCCUUGCCGUUAGCUAUACAGUUACACUAAUCAGAGUCAAAUGAUUUGUGUGACUCCUCGCUGUGUCAGGAAAGGAGCGUGUGUCAUCAGCGGCUUCCAGCUACGUUUAAAACAUCUAGGUUUUGAGAAUUACUCUUAAUGCUUGCUUGGUCUCUCCCGGUUGAGCUUGUGAGAGAUUUGUGCGAAGCAGUAGCGGUUUUAUUUCUCUCUGAAUCAUACAGGACUUUGUUGGGGUCUUUAGAAAUGUACAAGUGUGAUUUCACUUACAGAUUUGCACCAAAGAAAAAUCCACACGGAUCGAACAUUCCUGCCUUCUGCAAACCAAAGUUUUGCUUAAAUGCUUUGACGAUAUUUAAAUGCUGCUUUUUUUUUUAAAUGUUACGUUCAUUUUUUUUGUGUAUUGUUUUGUAUGCUGUAUCUGUACAUUCUGUAAAGCAUGUAUAAAGAACAUUAUGUUUCAGAAAGUUCUGACAUUUAGCUGACAUUUAAACAAUAAAAUGAAUUCGGAUGCAUCAGGA